CAACUGUUCAUUGGAGGAGUGAAACUGAAAGACGAUAACAUUGUUAACAACCGAAAAACAUUUGAGUCAGAUUACUGAAAUAUAUCGGGAUCGCCAUUGGUCCAUGUAAAGGUUAACGAUGGACAAGCACUAUUCGGAGGAAUUUUUUUUUAACUUCUUGGAAGUCCUGCAGAAAGUGUGUCGAGACUAUCUGCAGUUUAAUGACUCUGUUGAGGUGAGUGGUUAUCUUGCCCUGGACAUUGACAAUACGAGGAAGGAGCGAUACGUUCUCUGUGAACUUCUUAAUGGUGCUGGACAUGUGGUGAGUGAGAGUCACUGUACGAAAGUGUUCAAGACUUUCCACAAGAAACCUCUGCAGACCUCUUCCAUUGAAAAUGUUGUUUCUGGUGCACCAAAUGGUUCAGAGUCAUCAGUUCGAAACAGAAAUACUGAUACAGACUUGAACAGUGUGGGCGAGUUGGAUUCCAGUGAAGAUUUUACGAACAAUAAUUCUGUAGAUCCACCACAUGGGUCAGCUGUUAGUGUUGCAGGUCGCAGGCAGACUAGGUCUUCCAGAGCAGUGUUGGGUGGCACGGCACAAGGGUUGAACUGCUCCCCGUCCAGUCAGCAAUUCACAAGGGACGGAGACACGUCGACUAUGUCACUUUCUUCAGAAAAGAACAACAGCAAAAAGAAACGUGGUGCCAACACUAACCUUACAUCUAGUGCAAAGAAAAGCAAAUCAGCUGUUGGGAGUGAAUGUUUAAACAUAGUGAGCGACUGCAGUCUGCUACCCCAAAGUUACGCAAACACAGACUCUAACGAGGAUGGUGUGAGUCGGAGUGAGACACCAGGAUUCGAGACGGAUGAACAUAAUGAGAAGAUUUGUUUUCCUCUCACUACGACUGUUACGUGUAAACAAGAGGUUAUGGAUGAUUUGGACACUCUACAGCUAACGUGUGAGACAAUUAGUUCAGAGUCAUUCGUGAUGGACAAUAAUGCACAAACAUUUCCAGAUGGCGCCGAGUUAGUGCCGUGCAGCUCCGAUUCAUUGCCCAUUUCAGACAACAAACAGGAAUUGAACGAAGGAUUCCAGAUCGGGGUUGCAGCUGCAUUUCAGAAUAGACUUUCAUCAUCUGUGUCACAAACAGUACCAUCUAUGUCGAAGAAUACACGCAAGAGACUGGACAUUGAAACUAAAUAUAAUCUCAUUCAAGCCGUGGAUACUCGAGUGAAAACGAAGAGCGUCUUGGCGAGAGAAUACGGUAUUCGUCUCAACACACUGAGCACCAUUCUGAAGAACCGAGACGCUGUAACGGUGGCCUGGGAAACCUAUCGGUACCAGUCGAAGAGAUUCCGACUCCGCAGGUCGAGUUGCGGAACGGUCGAUGACGCGCUGUACACGUGGUACAAGAAUGCGAUCAGAAACGGUGCAUCUGUAAUCGGGCCGGUUCUUUCUGCCAAAGCUGAGGAGAUCGCCCAGCGGCUUGGCUUUGCACAGUUUCAAGCAUCACCCGGUUUUGUCAGGCGAUUUCGAAUGCGAUACGGCAUCGCAGGAAAGAAAUAGGGAAUCAUGCAAGCUUACCCAUGUUCUUCUUGAUUGAAAAUCAGCCUGAUUAUCAAGGAACAUUUUGUUUUGUUUUAUUAGCAACAUUUUGUAUUCGGUUUAAAAAUUGAUUAGGAACUGGUAGUUAACGUUACAUUAAUUGUGAAGCGAUCUCUGAAACUUGCGUAGUAAAUAGUGAAGCGAUGCUCAACAAAAUGUUCCCUGAAAAUAUAGUUUGUUUUAGUGUUUCGUACUUAAUCAGUUUUUUGCCAUUUUCGAGAAUCCAGAUUUUAAACAAAAUUUAUUUUGUCAGUUUAUUCUAUAUACACGUACCUUCUAUUGUGAAUUCAUAUUAUUUGUAUGAUUCAAUCUGUGGACGUUCAUUAUGCCUUUGUGUUCCCAAGAUGAAGGUUAAUCUACCUUUUGUGGUCUGGUGGAACCACGGUCCAAUGUUAUUUAGAAAUCACAGAGGAAUGAAGCAAUCAUGUACGUGUAUAUAUUCAGGCUAAACGCCUUUGACGCUGUUUCCCGAUUCUACGUAUGAUCAAGCUGUAUUGUAAUAAUGCCUGGAUGUUGUCAAAAUCAUAACUUAAAGGCUUAAGAAAUGCUCUGGGUUGCGAUACCAUGGCAUCGACGUAUGCCUUGGGUCACGAUACAAUGGCAUCGACGUUUGCCUUGGUUCACGAUACAAUGACAUCGACGUAUGUCUUGGGUCACGAUACAAUGGCAUCGACGUAUGUCUUGGGUCACGAUACAAUGGCAUCGACGUUUGCCUUGGUUCACGAUACAAUGACAUCGACGUAUGUCUUGGGUCACGAUACAAUGGCAUCGACGUAUGCCUUGGGUCACGAUACAAUGGCAUCGACGUUUGCCUUGGUUCACGAUACAAUGACAUCGACGUAUGCCUUGGGUCACGAUACAAUGGCAUCGACGUAUGCCUUGGGUCACGAUACCAUGACAUCGACGUAUGCCCUUGGUCACGAUAAAAUGACAUCGACGUAUGCCUUAGGUCACGAUACAAUGGCAUCGACGUAUGCCUUGGGUGGUCACGAUACAAUGGCAUCGACGUAUGCCCUGGGUCACAAUACAAUGGCAUCGACGUAUGCCCAAGGUCACAAUACCAUGUCAUAGCGUUGGUGAUGGUGAUGAUGGUAACUAUAGUCCAGCCAGUCAACUCGUAGACAGUAGUGAUUGUAAGAAAAUGUGCUGUGCCCCAAACAGAUCAGCGUGUGAGACAUACUUGAGUAUUAUGAAGUGAAACUAAAUGUACCAAAUCAAAUAGGGAGUCGUGCCUGCCUUUUACAUGUUCACUCCCACUAUGCGUCUGUUAAAAAUAAGUGUAUAGGUGUAAAUGGUAUGUAAAUAUUUUAAAAAUACACAUUGUACUGUCUCAACAAAUAGCAAGGAUUCUAUAGCCCCUGCUUGUACAUUUCAACGGUAGAAAUUAAUUUUAUGGCCUGGCUAGCAACCUUUGCUUCUCAGAUUUUAAUUUCGAAAGAAAUAUUAGAAAAUUGAGAUGAAGUUAGACUCUGUAUAAGACUACACUAUCUUUAUGUUACUUUUAAAAAAAAAAAACAUCAGUGUGGAAUGCUUGUGAUAAUGCGAGAUACAGAUAAUUAUUUUUUAUCGCUUUUGAAUUUUGAAUUUAUUUUUUUACAUAUCUUAAAUACUCUUUAAAAAAUAAAAUGAAAACGAAAAAUGUCUUGUUGAACUGAUUAUCAGGAAGCAUUUUGAGCGGAAUUUGCUCAGGCGUGUGUGUAGUAAAUAAUAAACACAAUCAAUAAAUGUUUAUUUAAUUCUGAAUACGAUCAAUAAAUAUGUACUGUAAUUCUUAAUGUGAUCAAUACAUGUGUACUUUAAUUCUUACUGCAAUCAAUAAAUAUAUAAUUUAAUUCUUACUGCGAUCAGUAAAUAUAUAAUUUAAUUCUUACUGCGAUCAAUACAUAUAUAAUUUAAUUCUUACUGCGAUCAACAAAUAUAUAAUUUAAUUGUUACUGCAAUCAAUAAAUAUAUAAUUUAAUUCUUACUACGAUCCAAAAAUAUAUAUAUUUGAAUUCUUACUGCGAUCAAUAAGUAUAUCAUUUAAUUCUUUCUGCGAUCACUACAUGUGCAAUUUAAUUCUUACUGCGAUCAAUAAGUAGAUCAUUUAAUUCUUACUGUGAUCACUACAUGUGCAAUUUAAUUCUUACUGCGAUCAAUAAUUAUAUCAUUUAAUUCUUACUGCGAUCAAUACAUGUGCAAUUUAAUUCUUACUGCGAUCAAUAAGUAUAUCAUUUAAUUCUUAUUGUGAUCAAUACAUGUGCAAUUUAAUUCUUACUGCGAUGAAUACAUGUGCAAUUUAAUUCUUAAUGCGUUCGAUAUAUAUAUAUAUAUAUGUACUUUAUUUUUUAAUGUGUUCAAUAAAUGUUCAAUUUAAUUCCUAAGGUGCUCAAUGAAUGUACAUUAUGGUUGUUAAUGUGUUCAAUAAAUGUGCAUUUUAAUUCUUAAUAUGAUAGUAAAUUGUGCAGUUUAAUUCUCAAUGUGAUCAAUAAAUGAGAACCAUUU